GAACGGUCCGCCGGUCAAAGAUUGAAUAUUAUCAUCGUAUCGGAGGGUGCCAUCGAUCGCGAGGGUCAGCCCAUCACGGCCGAGAAGGUCAAACAGGUGGUGGUGGACAAGCUGCACCAGGACACCAGGAUUACGGUGCUGGGUCAUGUGCAGCGUGGAGGCAAUCCGAGCUCGUUCGAUCGCGUACUGGGUUGUCGCAUGGGCGCCGAAGCAGUCCUUGCUCUAAUGGAAGCGGACGACAAUACUGAACCAUGCGUCGUAUCUCUGGACGGAAAUCAAGCCGUACGAGUCCCGCUGAUGGAAUGCGUACAGCGCACCAAAGCUGUCGCGCAAGCUAUGGCCGAUAAAAACUGGGAAAUGGCCGUUGAAUUGCGAGGUCGCUCCUUCGCCCGCAACUUGGAGACCUACAAGAUGUUGACCCGCCUGAAGCCACCGAAGGAGGCCUUUGAUGCCCAGGGUCGCGGAGUCGGUGGAUACACCAUGGCCGUGAUGCACAUCGGUGCUCCAGCUUGCGGUAUGAAUGCAGCUGUUCGGUCCUUUGUCAGAAACUGCAUCUACCGGGGUGACUCUGUGAUGGGCAUCCACGACGGUAUUGAAGGUUUGGUCGCCGGAAACAUCAAGAACAUGGGAUGGUCCGAUGUGACUGGCUGGGUCGGACAGGGAGGUGCCUUCUUGGGUACUAAGCGUACCCUUCCAGAGGGAAAGUUCAAGGAAGUCGCCGCUCGAUUGAAAGAGCACAAUAUACAAGCGCUUCUGAUCAUUGGUGGAUUUGAGGCUUACCAUGCUGCUGGCCAGCUGGCGGAUCAACGCGACAACUACAAGGAGUUCUGUAUCCCCAUUGUGGUCAUUCCGUCGACCAUCUCCAACAACGUUCCCGGAACGGAAUUCUCUCUAGGUGCCGACACUGGCCUCAACGAGAUCACUGAGAUUUGCGACCGCAUCCGCCAGUCCGCUCAGGGUACCAAGCGCCGAGUGUUUGUCAUUGAAACCAUGGGAGGUUACUGUGGCUACCUAGCCACCUUGGCCGGUCUUUCCGGUGGUGCCGAUGCUGCCUACAUCUACGAGGAAAAGUUCUCCAUCAAGGACCUGCAGCAGGACGUGUACCACAUGGCGUCCAAGAUGAGUGACGGCGUUCAGCGUGGUUUGAUUCUGCGUAACGAGAAGGCUUCCGACAACUACAACACCGAGUUCAUCUUCCGUUUGUACUCGGAGGAAGGCAAGGGUCUGUUCUCCACCCGUAUGAAUGUGCUGGGUCACAUGCAACAGGGUGGCUCGCCGACGCCCUUCGAUCGUAACAUGGGCACCAAGAUGGCGGCCAAGUGCGUUGAGUGGCUGGUGGAGCAGCUGAAGGCCAACACCCAACCGGAUGGAAGCAUCUGCGCCAAGAGUCCCGAUACGGCCUGCCUGCUGGGACUGGUUCGCCGUCAGUACAAAUUCUCGCCGCUGAAGGACCUGAUCGCUGAAACCAAUUUCGAGCAACGCAUCCCCAAGCAGCAAUGGUGGCUGAAGCUGCGCCCUCUGCUGAGAAUCCUGGCCAAGCACGAUUCCACCUACGAGGAGGAAGGUCUCUACAUAACCGUCGACGAGGAGAUGUCCACCGACUCGCCGGUCGCCUAAGCUGGAACUUGAGAAAUCAAAAACCAACCAACAAACCCGAAAGUUGUUAGUGUAGUUUAACUAUUUACACAUCAAGAAAAGGUAUUAGACUGUCCCCAUGCAUGAUGAACCAGUUGCUCCUCUUCUUCAUCAGACUUCUUAGGAAAAACUUGUGAAACCCAAAGAAAAAUACCUCAUCGUUGAUUGAAGCAACUGAAAUGUGGAGAGGUAAAAUAAUAACCUAACCCUAAAGUGUGUGAAACUUGUUACUUCAAUGUGCUCCCAGUGGAUCCUUAGUUAAUACUCUUAUUGAAAAAAAAUGAAAGAUUAAAAGUGCAGUAAAUGCAGUAGAAUUCAAACUAGUUGUUAGGUCCGAUGCCAGUUUAAAAUGUAAUUUUACUAGUUUAAUUAGUUGUUAUUAGGUCGUCGUGCUAGCACCAAACACCAUCUGUAUCAUGACAACAAGAUAUCCGGAAUUUUAAAGUAGCACGCUAAUCUCAUUGUUUUAUUAAAUCUGUUUUUAAUUGAAAUUCGGUUCUAACUUAUUUCGAUCUGUUAGUCAUUGAGUGGAAAGCAUAUUUAUUCGAUCGCCUAUUGCGUUGUUUUUGUGAAACUUCAACAAUUGUAAGUAUUAUUUAGUUUUUCAUUUUCAGGUAGCACAAUCUCUUGAAGAUAUAAAAUGAAUAUAAAUGAUUAUGCAAAAAUUGA